AUGGCCUUGGGAGCCACAAAUGCCGCUUCAAUGUCUGGCUUCUUCAUCGGAGUCUACAUGACUGCAAGUGCUGUUGGUACCGCUGUCUGUUGGAUGAUCUUAAACACGUUUCCAGAUGCCUGGAACACUGGAGGUGUCAAGAAGCUGUUGUUGGGUGGACUUUCGGGUCAGCUCUUUGGUGCUCUUGGCUUCGUAAAGGUAGCAUGGGAUGGAAGAGACACAGAUGGCAACAGCUGGAUCUACUUUUUGAUGGCAGCCCGGGUCCUGCAGGGCUUUGGGCACGGAAUGAAUGACCAAGUCAUGAAGUGCUGCAUCGUAAAGCUUUCGCCAGUCGCCGACCGGCCCGUCCACUCCUUGAACAAGUUUGUGGCUAACACAGCUGGGAUCGGUUCUGGCCCCAUUCUGGUCGCCGUGGUGUUCUUCUUCUUCCAGAGACCACAUGAAGAGGCAACGUCUGCCGGAGGAUCGCAAAUCAGCAUCAUCACGGCGAACUUGCAAUGCUGGACAACUGCCGCUGUGCUCGCGGCUACUGCGCUGCUUUUCCCGGAGAUGAAGGUGGUGGCGCCUGACGAUGGCAAGGCUGUCCCAGCUCGAGGUCACCGAGCAGUGGUUCUUUCCGUGUGCAUUCUCAUGGACGCGCUCCGUGCCUUCAUCGUGUCUGGAGUUGAGUCGGCCACAUGUCUGCUGUUGCAGGAGAAGUUCGCAUGGAACCACGACAGUAUCGGCUUCUGCGUCGGGCUGACUUUCUGCCUGGUCGUGCCCGUUUAUACACUGCACAGGCAGUAUCAUGAAGCUGUCAGGGACAUUACGCUGAUGAGGCUGUACACGACACUGGGCAUGCUAGCUGCCGUGCUGCUAGGCGCUGCUACACAUCCUCAGGGCAUUCUCGCCGCUGACUCGGUCAUCUUUCCCACCACAUACCUCGCUGGCGCGCUAAACAUGGGCAUCCUGAACAGCAACGUCUUCCCGGACGGGUCCUUUCUGGACGCCAACAAUGUCAUGCUCAUCAAUGGCCUCAUUUCGAACGGCGUGGGACGCUUUGGUGGACCCGUCUUCUCGCGGUCUCUGAUAGCAGAGCUGGGUCAGAAAGCUUAUGCUGCUUGCCAGGCAUUGGCGAUGGGCGGUGUGCUAGCAGGCACUAGCCUGCUGUAG